AUGGGAAAGCUUCGCUCCACAAAUGGAUGGGAAGACCCCAAGGAUGCUCCUAGCCAUGGCCAUGAUGAAAUGUCACUCCUUCCGGAACCCGGAACUGCAGACGUAGCGAUUGCUAAUGCAACUAGCCCUGAACACACCAACAAUCCAAGUUCUCUCAAAUUCAAUAAUCACCAACACGAAAAUACUUCGGUGACAUCACCAUACAGUACUCAAGGAUCUACUAUCCAGCCAGAACACACCAGCGACUCUGUUUCCGUGCCUCUGGUGGCAUCAUCAGUCAACGAUACCACCGCCUCUCCUUGCUUCAGCGUGGUUGAAAUCCAGGUCUCCCAACUACUCCGAACGGACUCAUUAAGUUCAUGGCCUCCGGCUUCACACACAGGUGCGAUACAUGCAGGGUCUCCACUGACCUACAGAGAAGCUUACCUUGUACACCACUUUGCAACGCACCUCGGGCAAUGGCUUGACUGUACCGAUGCUUCCCGUCAGUUCACUCGGAAAACCCCCAUCCUGGUCAAGCAGUCGCCGAUCUUGCUGCAUGCUGUGCUUUCUUACGCAGCCCGGCACGUCGGAGAUGCCGAACUGGCCGAGCAGGCGCAUGAGCGGUGCGUAGAACUUUUGAUCCCCUUCCUGAGCUCGGAAACGGUUGCCGACGAUGAUAUUCUGCUGUGUACCAUUGUCAUCCUGCGAGUGUUUGAACAAUUGAACGUCAUGGUAACCGGCAGCGAUCAGGAGCGUCAUUUAGCCGGCUGCUCGGCUCUGCUCCGGGCAUCGCAAGGACGAGAGGUGGACCCCUCGGCCCCGAGAUUACGGCACGCGGCUUUCUGGGUGUACCUGCGUCAGUGCCUGUACAAUUCAUGUGUGCAUCAGCAGGCUCCCAGUGUGGAUUUGGACUUGGUUCUCAUCCCCCCUCCGAGCGGAGGUGACCCUCUGAGCAAUCUGAAGUCUGAAACAGCGUGGGCGAAUACUAUGACUUGGAUAUGUGCUACAGUGGUACACUUUUGCUUUGGGUCAAGUUACCCUGAGCCUUCCAGCAGAAUGUGCCGGUGGCAAGAGCUAUCUGAGGCCGUCGAGAGUUGGUUGAGCACCCGCCCGAGUACCUUUGACCCAAUCUGGUAUAGCGAAGCCAUUCCGGAGAGUGGAAACCCUUUCCCAGAGAUAUGGUUUACGGCGGACUGGCAUAUUAUGGCAUUUGGAUACUAUCAUCUUGCCUGUAUGCUUCUGGUCAUUUACAAACCAUCACCUAAAUUUGCAGUCAGAGGGGUGCAUGGCGGAGCCCAUCCUGGUCAUGAAGCACGCUCGCGCAAUCUGUGGUGCAUGCAACAGUUCCCCUUCGACGGUGCCAUCGUUGAUCACACUCUGUCAUUCCACCUUUAUCUGGGGUCCCUUGAUGACGGAUUCGGCAGAAAGAGAGGCAUUCAUUAG